AUGACUUACAUUGAUGAUGUUUUACUGUUUGGAGAUACUAUUGAUGAGUGUAGAAUGAAUGUGAACAUCACAAGAGAAUAUCUUGAAAAAUUUGGUUUUGUGAUUCAUGGAAAGAAAAGUCAAUUUGAACCCAAGAAGUGUAUCACAUUUUUGGGAAAUGUAAUAAAUUCUGAAAGAAUGACUAUUGAAUUGACUGAGGAGAAGAAAGACAUUAUUUAUGAAGAAUGCAAGUGUUUAUUGAAUAAAGAUCGCGCUAAAAUAAGAACUGUAGCUCGAGUCAUUGGACUGAUUAUUUCGAGUUUCUCAGCUACAGAAUUAGGAAAAUUACAUUACAGAUUGCUAGAAACAGAGAAAAUAAAGCAUUUAAAAGAAGCUAAAGGGAAUUUUGAUUCCUUAAUGUCAAUCACUAUAAAAAUGAAAGAAGAACUAAGUUGGUGGUGUUCCAAUAUUCAUUCUCAGAUAAGACUUAUCUCUAGAGGUAACCCAGAGAUUACUAUUCAAACUGAUGCAUCUUUGUUAGGUUGGGGAGCAAUAUGCACACAAGAUAAUAUCAGAACUGGUGGAAGAUGGAAAGAAGAAGAAAAAAUGAAUCACAUAAAUUACUUAGAAAUGCUUGCAAUUUACUUUGCUUUGAGAUCAUUUGUGAAUAUUGUGAAAAACAAAUAUGUAAGAAUAUUAUCAGAUAAUACUACUGCCAUUAGUUAUAUUAAUAAUAUGGGUGGCAUAAAAUCUCAAAUUUGCAAUAAACUUGCAGUGGAAAUAUGGGAAUGGUGUACUAAGAGAAACAUUUGGUUGAAGUGUUCUCAUAUUCCAGGGAAAAAUAACAUAGAAGCAGACAAAUUAUCCAGAGAAUUCAAUGAUCAAGUGGAAUGGCAAUUAGACCAUGAUAUAUUCUUACAAAUUUGUUCAAAGCUAGGUUGUCCAGAUAUAGAUUUGUUUGCAUCAAGACUCAAUGCACAAGUUGAAGUGUUUUGCUCAUGGAAACAAGAUCCAGAAUGUAGUUAUGUUGAUGCAUUUCCAUUGAAUUGGAGAACUUUUGAUUAUGUUUAUAUUUUUCCACCUUUUAGUUUGAUGGGCUUGUGCAUCAAGAAGAUUCGGGAAGACCGGGCAAGAGGGAUUAUCAUUGCCCCAUUAUGGCCCACUCAGACUUGGUUCACAGGAUUAAUGAAAAGUAUAGUCAAGAAUCCAUUAUUACUUCCGAGAAGGAAGGAUCUACUUCUAAACCCUCACAAAAAGGAGACUCAUCCUCUGGGGGAAAAAAAUGACCUUGAUUGCAUGCCAAGUGUCCGGCGAGCUUACAGAAAUUUUGGAUUUUCAAAAACAACUACCUCCAUUAUUAUGGCAUCAUGGAGAACCGGUACUAAAAAACAAUAUCAAACGUUCAUCAAAAGAUGGUUUCAUUACUGCUCUGAAUGGAAAAUUAAUCCAGUUUCACCAUCUAUAAAUAAUAUUUUGGAAUUCUUCACUUUACUUUUUGAAAAUGGAUUGAGUUACAGUUCACUCAAUACCGCUCGGGGGGCUUUGUCAGCGUUGGGCAUAAAAUUAGAUGGAACCAGUGUUGGAUCCCAUGCUCUUGUUAUUAGAUAUAUGAAAGGUGUUUAUAACAUUAGACCAACUAAACCCAAAUAUUAUGGAACAUGGGAUGUAUCUUUAGUUCUACGACAGUUGAAGAAAUGGUCUCCUGUAAAGACUUUAAGUUUGAAACAAUUAACAUUGAAACUGGUAAUGUUAAUUGCUUUGACAAAUGCUGCACGAGCUCAGUCAAUUCAUCUUAUUUCUGUAAAUAAUAUGAAAAAGUGCUUUAAUGAAUACAUAUUUGAAUACUCCGGACUGCUAAAGCAAUGUAGACCGGGUUAUAAAAUGCCUGUUGUACAUAUGAAAGCACACCCUCCAGAUAGGAGACUUUGUAUAUACGUUGUGGUGAAGGAAUAUUUGUUAAAGACAGCACCUAUUAGAAAUGGAGAACAAUCACUUUUAUUAAGUUAUGUUAAACCUCAUAAGGCAGUUACGAGAGACACAGUGUCCAGAUGGAUCAAAAUGGUGAUGAAACUUUCUGGGGUUAAUACAGAUGUAUUUGGAUCGCACAGUGUAAGAUCUGCUUCAGUGUCAAAAGCAAAAUCGGCAGCUGUGCCAGUAGAUGAAAUUUUAAGGAAGGCUGGAUGGACUAAUGCUACAACAUUCUCCAAAUUCUAUGAAAAAGACAUUUUUGUUGAAAAAGAAAGUUUUGCUUCAGGUGUGCUUUGCAAGAAAAAUUAG